AUGAGUGAUCAGGCGCCUCCUCUCAAGCGGGUGCGCACGGAAGACGGGCCCGUCUCUCCUCCCGCGGUGAAACGGAGGCAGCCGUCCGCCACCACAAACAAGGCCGUGGCGGACUUCUUCAAGCCAUCUUCGCAGAAGCCGAAGCCUGCGGAAAAGAUAUCGUGGGCCGUCGUCAAGGACAGCCUCCUGGUCGGGAAGCACCAAGCCGCCGACGCAAUCCCAGCCACUGAGGCGGCCCAGCCUCGCAAGAUUGCUAUUUUUGACUUUGACUCGACCCUCAUCAAGACCGCUUCCGGCAACAAGUUUGCCCGCAAUCCCGCAGACUGGCAGUGGUGGCAUGCAAGUGUGCCCACUACACUGCGGAGGCUGUACGACCAAGGCUACCUUAUCGCCAUCGUGAGCAACCAGAGCGGCAUUUCUCUGAAAAGCAACGGCUCCAAGGCUCCCAAGGCCGAUCUGAAGAGGCUGUCCGACUUCAAGGCCAAAGCAACCACCAUCUUGGCCCAGCUGGACCUGUCCAUAAGCAUCUAUGCAGCCACCGCCAAGGAUGAAUUCCGCAAGCCCCGCCCCGGCAUGUGGCGCCAGCUGCUGCAUGACAAUGGCCUGGAAAGUGCGCCUGGGGCCGUCGAUCUGGAGCAAUCUCUGUUCGUUGGAGAUGCAGCCGGCCGAUCUGGCGGCACUACCAAGGACUUCUCCUGUUCCGACAGAAACUUCGCAGCCAACGUAGGGAUUCCAUUCCACACGCCAGAGGAGUAUUUCCUGGGCGAAGAGCCGAAGCCCUUCGUUCGAGACUUCGACCCGGCCGAGGUUCUGAACGACGUGGCUGGAGCCGCAACUGAUGCCGUGCCGCUCCUCUUUACCAAGAAGAACCCCGUCGACAUCGUGAUCCUUUGCGGCAGCCCAGGCGCGGGCAAGUCGACGUUUUACUGGAAGCAUCUGAAACCCCUUGGCUACGAGCGAAUCAACCAGGAUAUCCUGAAAACGCGUGACAAGUGUCUGAAAGCCGCAGCCGAGAACCUUGAGAAGGGGGUGCCCGUGGCCAUAGACAACACGAAUGCAGACCCAGACACACGUGCCCACUGGGUCAGACUGGCAGAGAAGCACAAUGUGCCGAUCAGAUGCGUUUUGUUCACAGCAACGGCGAAGCUGUGCGAGCACAACGAUGCCGUCAGGGCGAUGAGUGGGGAAACGAUGAAUCCCGAGUCCCGUGCCCUGCUGCCAAAGAUCGCUUUCACCUCAUUCGCAUCUCGUUAUCGCGUGCCCCAGCUCAAAGAGGGGCUUCAAGACAUUACGAAGGUCGACUUCAUGUUCGAAGGCAACGAAGAGGACCGCAAGGUCUGGGGCGAAUACUGGAUUUGA